CCCUGCUGCUGCUCGCUCAGAUGACGAAAAUGGCGGACAACUCGUCUUCGGUCGAGAUCGUCGAGGGCUGUCGCCUCCCCGUUCUUCGUAAAAACCAAGAACACGAGGACGAAUGGCCUUUGGCUGAAAUUCUUAGUGUGAAGGAGGCUUCUUCAAGAAAGCUUUACUAUGUCCACUACAUUGACUUCAACAAGCGCCUGGAUGAGUGGGUCACAGGAGACAGGCUGGACAUGAAGAAGCUUCAAUUCCCUAAAAAAGAAGCUAAAACGCCAACCAAGAAUGGACUUCCAGGCUCCCGUCCAAGUUCACCUGAGAGAGAAGUGAGGAAGAGUCUAGAGCUCAACGUACCAUCUGCCACAGCUCCUUCCAGAGGCAAAACCCUCCCCACACCGCUAUCGAGUCAUGCUGAACUGCAUGGAAAUCAGGAAAUAAACAACCAUGACACAAAAAAAGAAGAAGAGGAUCCAGUUGUGCAGAUCACAUCUGGAAGUGAAUUAACAAACAGUGUAUCCAAAUGUUUGUCAGGUGUUUGCACUGGACUUGUCAAACCACGUUUGAGCUUCAAAUCUGUCAAGAAGAGGAAAGUAGAAGCCGUCCCCGUGGCGACUCAGGUACCCCCGGCCACCCCCGUGCCCUCCCUGCCAAGUUCAGCUGAAGCCUCUCAGGCAUCUGUUUUUCCUGCUGCGAGGGAGACCAACACCUUCAAGUCCCGGGAAGACCAUGAACAGCUCUCCUCGCUCACAACGAACGGCACUGCCCGGCGGCUCAUCCCCUCACAGCCUGGGAGGAAAAGGAAAGCUAACUGCGGAGGACCUGACGAGAUGAUAAAGGUUUUACAGUAUAACAAACCUCAAAGUGCCAGUGUCUUUCUACCACCACCAGAGGAUUCCCAGGACAGCUCGGAUGGCAUCCCGACUGCGCCACGCAUGACGGGCAGUCUGGUGUCUGACCGCAGCCAUGACGACAUCGUCACCCGGAUGAAAAACAUAGAGUGCAUCGAGCUGGGACGUCACAGGCUGAAGCCCUGGUACUUCUCCCCGUACCCACAGGAGCUCACCACACUGCCCAUCCUCUACCUCUGUGAAUUCUGUCUCAAGUACCUCAAGAGCCUCAAGUGUCUGCAGAGGCAUUUGACAAAAUGCAAUCUCAGACAUCCUCCAGGCAACGAGAUCUACCGUAAAGGCACCAUCUCAUUCUUUGAGAUCGACGGCAGGAAAAACAAAAAUUAUUCCCAGAACCUGUGUUUACUUGCAAAGUGUUUCCUGGACCAUAAAACCUUGUACUACGACACAGACCCUUUCCUCUUCUACGUAAUGACGGAGUACGACUCCAAAGGCUUCCACAUAGUUGGCUACUUCUCUAAGGAAAAAGAGUCGACUGAAGAUUAUAAUGUUGCCUGCAUCCUGACGUUGCCUCCGUAUCAGCGGAGAGGUUAUGGCAAAUUGCUUAUUGAGUUCAGUUAUGAGCUGUCCAAGGUCGAAGGGAAGACAGGAACUCCUGAGAAGCCGCUCUCCGACCUCGGCCUGUUGUCCUAUCGCUCGUACUGGUCGCAGACCAUCCUGGAAAUCCUCAUGGACCUUAAACCUGACAACGGAGAGAGACCCCAGAUAACCAUCAAUGAAAUCAGUGAGAUCACCAGUGUAAAAAAAGAAGACGUCAUUUCGACACUUCAGUACCUCAAUCUCAUCAACUAUUACAAGGGUCAGUACAUCCUGACUCUGUCAGAGGACAUCGUGGAUGGGCAUGAAAGAGCGAUGCAGAAGAGACACUUACGCAUAGAUCCAAAAUGUCUCCACUUCACACCUAAAGACUGGAGCAAGAGGGGCAAGUGGUAGAGUCCUGACCUGGUUCACUGAACACCUUCUCUAAACUCCAGACAACAGACUCGAUGCAAACUGUGGAUCAGAUGAAGGUUUUUAUCAGGCCGUCUCAUCAAGAACAUGGAAAACCUUCCUGACCCCACAAGAGACUGCGCUUCAGAAAAGAAGCAAGGAAUGAAAAAAAUUCACUCAAAACAAGUCUGUAAGCUUUUCUUGUGAAUAUUCAUCAUACAAUUGAAGGCUCUUGGCGUCCACAACAAGAAAACACAACACAUCGUUUACUUUUUAAAGAUCCUGUUUGUGACAUUUAAAGUGAGACACAUCUGUUUAAAAGUGUAAAUUACAUCCUGAGAUGGCAAACUUACUAAAUUAUGGAAACAAGAUGGUGUUUUUCUUUUUUUAAAAGACAGGGAAUUUAGUUUCUCUGAUGAAUCCACACGCACGUCAGUCCCACAAAGGUUUUCUUCUCAAACUCCUGAAAGACUUGAAAUGUCUUUUUUGUCUUUGCCCAUAAAACCUGUUUUUUCUUUCUAAAUCGUUUCUAUCUGCCAUAACAGAAAAAAAGUCAAAUAACAUCCUGAAAAAUAUUUUGAUAUUCCAAAAAUGUUUGGCUGUAAACAUGUUAAAAGAAACUUCCCUGUGGGACCAUUUCCUAUCUAUCUUUCAUUUUUGCACACAUCUUAAACUAAAGAGCCCUAAGUGAAGAAAAGAUACUUAAAACACUCAUGCGAUGUCUUUACACUCCAACAUGAAGUGUUUUAUUUUCUUUGGGAUCUAGUGUUUGUAAGCUUCAAAGCGUCCCUCAAAACACCUCCUAAAUUAAUUAAAUGAAUUGAAACAAAUCCCACUGAUGAACUGAUCAUUGUUACGUUUGCCUUUACACUCCUUACCAUUUGAUAUAAUGAAACCUAAUUCUCAGCCCCACUCUAAAAGUCAGUUCAUCAUGAUUCCCUUUGAGUGCCUGAAUAUCAACAUAUCCUUAAGUUAUUAGCUCAUAGGUUUAGUGACCUUCAUUAUGGGUCUCCAGAAAGAAUAUGUACCUUCAGUGAAACAGUGUGGAUGCAGACAUGUAAUCCAUCAAGACCUUCAGUUGUAAUACUUUCCCAAAACCACAAAAGCCAACUCAUGUUUGUCUCACAGAAGAAGCUCUGCUCCUCAUUUCCCUUUCAUCUGAAUGGAUGGGAGUAUCUAUGCUCUUUGUUUGUGAUCAUUUCUUCUUUUUCUUCCACAUUGUCUUCGGCCAUGAUCAUCUGUACAGUGUGCAAUGAGACAAAUCACCUCCUUAAGUUAAACACAUGUUCCCUGUACUUGUACAUACUGGACCUGAUUGUACAAAGAAAUAGCUUAGAAGACAAGAAGCCAUGUUGAACUGUUAGAGGAAUGUAAAUUUUGUGUACAGUUGUCAUUUUCUUUUUUUUACUUAAUAUAAACUAACUGAACGAUGCGAACAGAAAAAAAAAUAUGUGAAAGUGUUAAACGACUUUCAGUUUGUACUUUGUGUUUCAUGUCAAAGAUUCACUGUUGAAAUGAUUUAGUAUAUCUUUUAAGUGACACACAGUGGAGGGUAUGAUUUCAACGUUUGAUAUGAGAACUUGUUGAAUUGAUAAAAAAAGAAAACUUAAACUCUUA